GAGGGUCCCUCUCCUUUUCCCCUUUACUGCUUUUUUCUAUGUAGCUUUGAAUACUUGAACAGUGUCACACUGAAAUAAUUAAAUAAAAAAAGUGCUCAAAGAUCUGUACAAAAAAAGCUGCUUAAUUUACUGUUCUUUUUGCAUAGAUUUAGUUGUUUAGAGUUUCAAGAUUUUUACUUGGGAACUUAAAGAUCCAGUUGCUUCUGUAGUCUGUGGAGAAAAGGGUUUUUUUUUUUUCCCUUGAUUUUCAGUGAUUUUAGGACAAGUACGUAGGAGUUGACAUUGGUGGUGUUUAGCCUGCUUCUUGUUUUUUGCUUAGUGUGUGUCUGUGUGGAGGGGUUGGGGUUGGGUGGUAUAACCAGUUGCUCUUUUAGUUUCUUCGGAGAAAAGGGUGUUUUGGGGUUUUCUUGUUUUAUGUUUUUUCUUGAUUUUUUCAGUUAUGUUAGGACUAGUAUGAAGUAGCUGCCAUUGGUGUGUUAUGCUUGCCUGCUUCUUGGUUUUAGCUUAGUGUGUGUGUUUGUGUAGUGUCAAAGGUCUGCUAUAACUAGUUGCUUCUGUAGUUUCUUUGGAGAAAAGGGUGUUUUGGGGUUUCCUUAUUUUUGUGUGUUUUCUUGAUUUUCAGUGAUUUUAGUACAAGUGUGAAGUAGCUGCCAUUGGUGGUGUUUAGUUGUAUACUUGCCUGCUUGAUGGUUUUUGCUUAGGGUGUCUGUGUGUGUGUGUUUUGGGAGGGGGGGGGGGGGGUGUGGUAAAUAUUUUUUUUAUAAAUUGUUUUUUUUGUUUUUUUUUUGGGGGGAGGGGGGGUUUGGUGUUUUUUUUUUUUUUUUGUUUUUUUUGUUGUUUUGGUUUUUGGGGGGGGGGGGGGGGGGGGGGGGGGGGGGAGAUUAGUGUCAAAGUUUUCAUUUUUAGCCUUCUUUUUGCUCUUUUGUAUAUAUUUGGGGCUUUUUUCUUUUAGCUUUUUGGGUUAAUUAGGAAAAGUAGUUGAGUUAAAUUGAUUAAAGGGAAUGAGGGUGUCAUCUUCUGGCUUCAAUCCUCAGCGUGAGGAAGGAGGGGAGAAGAAAUGCCUGAAUUCAGAGCUGUGGCAUGCUUGUGCAGGGCCAUUGGUCUCUCUUCCACACGAAGGAAGCCGAGUAGUGUAUUUUCCUCAAGGGCAUAGUGAGCAGGUUGCUGCAUCCACAAACAAGGAAAUAGAUGGUCAUAUCCCGAACUAUCCUGGAUUACCACCUCAACUUUUCUGUCAGCUUCACAAUGUGACUAUGAAUGCAGAUGUUGAAACUGAUGAAGUAUAUGCUCAAAUGACUUUGCAGCCAUUAACUCCAGAAGAGCAAAAAGAUUUGUGCCUGCAACCAGCUGAACUUGGGACCCUGAGUAAACAACCAACUAACUAUUUCUGCAAAACAUUGACUGCAAGUGAUACCAGUACCCAUGGUGGAUUCUCCGUCCCUCGACGUGCUGCAGAAAAAGUUUUUCCUCCUCUUGAUUACUCUCAGCAGCCUCCUGCGCAAGAGUUGAUUGCUAAAGAUCUUCACGGAAAUGAAUGGAAGUUCCGGCAUAUAUUUCGCGGCCAACCAAAGAGGCAUCUCCUGACGACAGGAUGGAGUGUGUUUGUAAGUGCGAAGAGACUUGUUGCAGGCGACUCAGUUAUCUUUAUCUGGAACGAAAAUAAUCAAUUGCUUUUGGGGAUACGACGUGCCAAUCGUCCACAAACGGUUUUGCCUUCCUCAGUAUUGUCAAGUGAUAGCAUGCACAUUGGUCUUCUAGCUGCAGCAGCUCAUGCAGCUGCAACAAAUAGCCGGUUUACAAUAUCUUUCAAUCCAAGGGCUUGUCCAUCAGAGUUUGUAAUACCUCUCGCCAAGUAUGUUAAAGCAGUGUAUCAUACGCGAGUUUCUAUUGGCAUGAGGUUCCGUAUGCUGUUUGAAACAGAAGAAUCAAGCAUCCGCAGGUAUAUGGGCACAAUUACGGGCAUCAACGAUUUAGAUCCUGUUCGUUGGCCAAAUUCUCAUUGGCAGUCUGUAAAGGUUGGAUGGGAUGAAUCAACUGCAGGGGAGAGGCAGCCUAGAGUUUCGUUGUGGGAAAUUGAACCUCUGACAACCUUUCCAAUGUAUCCAUCUCCUUUCUCCCUUAGGCUGAAACGGCCAUGGCCAUCUGGACUGCCUUCAUUUCCUGGUCUAUCAAAUGGUGAUAUGACUAUGAAUUCUCAACUUCCAUGGCUGCACGGUGGCAUGGGCGAUCAGGGUAUACAAUCACUUAAUUUCCAGGGAUUUGGUGUUAAUCCAUUCAUGCAACCAAGGUUUGAUGCUUCUAUGCUAGGCUUGCAGCCUGACAUUUUGCAAGCAAUGGCAGCAUUAGAUUCUUCUAAGCUUGCAAAUCAGUCGCUUAUGCAGUUCCAACAUAUCCCUAGUUAUUCAGCAUCUUUGAUUCAGAGCCAGCUGUUGCAUCCAUCCAAUUCGCAACGUACUUUGCUUCAAGGUUUCCCUGAAAACCAGCUACUAUCUCAGGCACAGAUGCUGCAGCAGCAAUUGCAGGGCCACCAAUCUUAUGAUACUCAGCAGCAACAGUUGCAGCGCCAGCAAUUGUGUCAUGAUCAACAACUUCAGGAACCACAUCAAGCACUCUCGCUGCGUCAAGAUCAGCAGCAAACCAAGGCUGAGUCUCAGUCACAGCUUUCUCAUUUACAGGUCUUAGGUUCAACUGGUUCUCAACAAACAUAUUCUGAUAUAGUUGGUAAUCAUAUUAAUACAUCUAACAGCAGUUCCACCAUGCAAAAUCUCCUGAGUUCAUUUUCCCGUAAUGGAGCAUCCACUUUCCUGAACAUGCCUGAAACCAACUCUCUGGUGUCUCCUUCCUCAUCAUCAAAGCGGAUUGCUCUAGAAUCUCAGCUCCCUUCACGAGCUCCGUACAUAGUGACACAGGCUGAAAAUUUGAUGGUGCCUAAUACUAAAGUCUCAGACUUCUCCAAUUUGUUUUCACCGCUUCCUGGCAGAGAAGUUUUGGAUUAUCAAGGUGUAGUAGAUAGCCAAAACAAUAUGCUAUUUGGAAUUAAUAAUGAUUCAUCUAUCAUACAGCAAAAUGGUAUGUCAAACCUGAAGGGUAACAGUCCGGAUAAGGGAUCUUUACUUGUGCCUUAUGCUACCUCUACCUUCACAAAUACAGGGGGUAGUGAGUUUCCUGUUAAUUCAGAUAUGACAAGUUCAAGUUGUGUAGAUGAAUCAGGUGUCUUGCAGUCCUCAGAAAAUGUGGAUCAAGCAAAUUCACUUGCAGGAACCUUUGUGAAGGUUCACAAAUCAGGGUCCUUUGGACGAUCACUGGAUAUCUCCAAAUUCAGCAGCUAUAAUGAGCUGCGAAGUGAGCUUGCUCACAUGUUUGGCCUUGAAGGCCUGUUGGAGAAUCCUGAGAGAUCAGGCUGGCAGCUUGUAUUUGUUGACCGUGAGAAUGAUGUUCUUCUCCUUGGUGACGACCCCUGGAACGAGUUUGUGAACGAUGUUUGGUACAUCAAGAUACUCUCUCCACUUGAAGUGCAACAGAUGGGCAAAGAGGGCCUUGACCUUCCAAGUGCUGGCAAAACGCAGAGUAUCGCUAGCAAUGGCAAUGGUAAUGGCUGUGAUGAUUUCAUGAACCGGAACCACUCGUUUAGUAUUAUGAACGGAAUGCCCUUGGGGUCACUUGACUACUAAUCUAUGUUUGCUUGGACACAACAAAAAUGUUGCUGCACCUGUGUUGGAUCCUCCAAAAAUACCCUACUUCUGGAGGAUUUGACACUCAUCGGUAAUUUUGAUAAGUCCGGGCAAUAUAAGCUACUAAUGAAGUGAUGUAUCAUGUAGCUGCUCUUGUACUUGGUUAAUAUGAGCAAUUCUUUGUACCUUCUUCAAUCAAUAUGAAGCUAGUAAACCAGAUAGUUUUCAAUGUAAAUUAUUCUGUUUAUUAUUGUUAUUACUGUGGAACUACCUUCAGAGACAUGUACAACUAGUGUUACUAGCUGAAGCAAUGAUUUUCACCUGUUGUAUUUAUGAAUAGACGUUCUCUAUCUCUAUGAGGUAGGUGUAAGGUUCGUGUAAACUCUUACUUUUUCUAGACCCCACUUGUCAAUGGUGGUAGUCUGGAACUAUUAGUUGUUUCCUUUUUUAUCUGAACUAUCAUCAUUGUGAUA